AAGGAGAAAAGGGCAAGAGGGCAAAAAGGCAAAAGGGCAAAAUGCUAAGAGAAGACUAAAUGGGGGUGUCUCCACUAAAAGGAAUCCAUUAGAAGUUCAAGAAGGUCAAGAAGAAGCAGGAGGUGGGAAUAUCCGGGGCCGACUUCACAAAACAUUACUCUUCGGAAUUAGAAAAUAAAAAUUAUGAUCCCUCGUCGUCAGCACCUUUUUACGAAGGCAUCAAGAGGCAGCUGCAGGAGUAAGGUCAACAAUCACUUUUCAUUUUUUUUUCUUCAUUUUUUCAUUCAUUCUUUUUUGUUUUUUUGUCUUUUUUUUUUUUUUUCUUCUUUCUUUCUCACUUCGUUUCUCCAACACGAACAGGCGAACCAGGAUGGGAUCAAUGGAGGAUUUUACCGCCUGGGCCAAUACAGUAAAUCUAAUCAAUGCAGAGUACGGAGCACAAGUAUAUCACUGUGGCUGCGGAUAACUCUGAAUAAAUAAGAAUAGACGGACAGACGGACAUCAGACAGGCAGACAGACAAUCCUCAUGUCUUCUCUAGUCA